ACGACGUCGUGGCCUCUCUUCGGCGACGCUCAGGUUCUCAAACACGCACGUACGAUCAACAUCGAACUAGUCUGCUGCUGCGACGCGAGCACAGCGCAGCGUCUGCCGUCACCUGGCUGUCGCUAUUGGAGACCGGUGACUGUUCAUCGAACGUUUACCCGAAUAACCGGCUAGCUUUUCACAGACCGCGGACGCGUCGCAACCAAAGGCUAUAAGAAUGCCAGGAUCAUCGGAGAGCGAGAACGAGCCGGAGGCGCUCGACGAACCACUCUUUGCCAUCCUGGACAUAGUGUUGAUCGCUAGUCUCUUGUUAGUGGCGGCAUGGUGGCUCUUCAAGAGGACAAAGCGGGAGGACCUCACACAAGUGACAAAAUCCUACUCUAUCCAACCGACGUCAUUCGCCGCGGUGCCACCGUCAGAGAAUUCCUUUAUUAAGAAAUUAAAGACCUCCGGGCGAAGUCUGGUAGUAUUUUACGGCAGCCAGACAGGUACGGCUGAAGAAUUCGCCGGUCGUCUUGCCAAGGAGGGCAUCAGGUACAAGAUGAAGGGUAUGGUGGCCGAUCCCGAGGAGUGUGACAUGGAAGAGCUGGUACGCCUGAAAACUAUCCCCAACAGUUUGGCAGUGUUUUGUUUGGCCACUUAUGGCGAGGGUGAUCCCACUGAUAAUGCGAUGGAGUUCAUUGAUUGGCUCAAGAACGGUGACGGCGAUCUCACAGGACUAAAUUACGCGGUAUUCGGACUGGGUAACAAGACUUACGAGCACUAUAAUGAGAUAGGCGUAUAUGUCGAUAAUAGAUUGGAGCAACUGGGUGCUACGCGCGUUGUCGAGCUGGGUCUUGGGGAUGACGACGCAAACAUAGAGGAUGAUUUUAUCACGUGGAAAGAUAAAUUUUGGCCAGCCGUCUGCGAGUUCUUUGGCAUCGAGGGAGCUGGCGAGGAUGUUAGUAUUCGACAGUACAAGCUCACAGAGCACGUGGAUCUGCCGAACGAUCGUAUCUACACCGGAGAGAUCGCGCGUCUUCAUUCCUUCACGAAUCAGAGACCGCCGUAUGAUGCGAAGAACCCAUUUUUGGCUCCUGUGAAAAUGAAUCGCGAAUUGCACGGCCCGGCGUCCGACAGAUCGUGCAUGCAUAUAGAGUUCGACAUCGACGGCUCUAAGAUGCGUUACGAGACGGGCGAUCACUUGGCCGUCUAUCCUGUGAACAACCCAGAGCUAGUGAACAAAAUUGGCGAACAAUGCGGCGUGAAUCUGGAUACUGUUUUCACCCUUACGAAUACAGAUGAGGAAUCUACGAAGAAGCAUCCGUUCCCUUGCCCUUGUAGCUACAGGACUGCUUUGACACAUUAUUUAGACAUUACGAGUAACCCGCGCACCCACGUUCUUAAAGAGUUGGCAGAGUACGCGACUGAUCCCGCAGAAAAGGAGAAGCUGAAGCUGAUGGCGUCGACCACCGUGGAGGGCAAAGCGGCCUAUCAACAAUGGAUAAUUCAAGAUAAUCGCAACAUUGUGCAUAUAUUGGAGGAUAUUCACAGUUUGAAGCCACCAUUAGAUCAUUUGUGCGAAAUUUUGCCACGGUUACAGUGUCGAUACUAUUCAAUAUCCUCGUCUCCGAAGAUUUAUCCAAAUUCAGUUCAUAUUACGGCAGUGGUGGUGGAAUACAAAACCCCGACUGGCAGAACAAACAAGGGUGUGACGACCACCUGGCUGAAGGAGAAACAUCCCACCGAUCCGCCCUGUCUCGUACCGAUUUUUGUAAGGAAGUCUCAGUUCCGUUUGCCGACACGCCCGAGUACUCCUAUCGUCAUGAUUGGUCCGGGCACCGGUCUAGCGCCGUUCAGAGGUUUUAUACAAGAACGGGAUUUCGCGAGAAAGGAAGGUAAAGAGGUGGGCGACACGAUACUGUACUUCGGAUGCAGAAAAAGUCAAGAGGACUUUAUUUAUCGUGAUGAGUUAGAGGAAUAUGUGAAGAGUGGCUUAUUAACGUUACACACUGCGUUCAGCCGUGAGCAAGCGCAAAAAGUCUAUGUCACACACUUGCUCGAGAAUAACAAGGAAGAAUUGUGGCGUGUCAUUGGCGAGCAAAAUGGACAUGUUUACGUUUGCGGAGAUGCAAAAAAUAUGGCUCGCGACGUGCACAACAUAUUACUCAAAAUGGUUAAGGAACGUGGCAAUAUGUCGGAAGUUGACGCCGCAAAUUACAUCAAGAAAAUGGAGUCGCAGAAGCGAUACUCUAGUGAUGUUUGGAGUUGAGCCAUAUUAAUGGUAUCAUAAAGAAAGAUACAGAAGUAUUUUUUUAAGUGUGAGAGUCAAAAGUUGAUACUUGAUUCGUUCAAGCGACAUUAGUAAUGAUAUUCAGCCAAAUCCCCUCUCAUAUAUCUUCAAUAAUUUUCAUCUGGUGAGUUUCAUCUCAUCAUGUCCUGCUAAAUAGAAUAACUAGUUGAAUUACGUUCGAUAGCCAGAGACGGCAUUACGUAUAGUCUUUUUUGAAGUUUGUGCAAGGUAUUUAACUGUAUUGGGAUGCAUUUUUGCUAUUUGUGCCUUUGUAAAAAGCAAAGUAAAUUUUAAAUGUUUAAAUUAUAUAUUUAUAUAAAAAAGUUAUAUAAAAAAGUUAUAUAAAAAAGCUAUAUAAAAAAUUUAUAUAAACAAUUUAUAUAAAAAAUUUAUAUUAAAAAAUCGAUUUUUUAAAAGUAGUAAAUACAUACGUGACAAUCACAGACCAUUUUAGAGCAUUCAUUAAUUUUUCAUUUUCACAAUCUUGAAAUAUUCGAACUUAUUGAGUUUUUGCUGUGUGUACACACACACACACACACACACACACACACAUAUGUAUAUUCUUAUCUGAUAUGGUGUCUUAUCAAGAAUGCACUAAUCUAUAAAAUGAUUAUAAGAUUAUUUUAUAUAAUAAUUUUAUAAUCUUGCAAUAAUUUAUAUCAAAUGUAAGAGAUCACUUUUGGACUAUCUAAACUUUUUAUAUUCUGCAAACAAGAUGAGUUAGAUUAGCAUAUCUUUGCUUAUGUUUAAAUAUUUUAACAUUCAAGCAUGUCGUUUAUAAAAUAUUGUUGCCUCUGGUCAUCGUUAUGUGAUAAGUACUUUUCAUGCAAAUUGUACAGUUUCAUUAAAAUUAUACUGUUUUUCAUUAUCAUCCGUGAUAUCAUCUGAUCGCAAUUCGCCAAUUUAGUUAAGUCUUACAUCGAAUAUAAUAAUAAUAGGCAAAUGUAUACAACCAAUAUAAUUUCUUUUUGUAAGAUCAGUAUAUAGUUAAUAUGAAUGAUUGUUAUUUCGCAAAAAGACUUUGCAAUUGUUGAGUUUUACACAUGAGGCAAGUCUGAAAUUGUGUCUUCUUCUCAAUAAUAAUUACAUGAAAUACACUCCUUCGAGAGUGAGAGAAAGAGAGGUGCUAUUGGUCUAUAUCAAUUGGUGAUAUUAGUCAGUAUAUAAGUAGAGUAGUGUAAUCUUUUAUUCAAUGUGUAAAGCAAAUUUAUUUCAAUGUUUAAUAAAAUGACUUUACGCUCAGUUCGUGCGUAUGAAUGGUGUGAACCAAAGCGAUCUAUAAUGAAACUUAAGACUAAGAGAACCUUUUACUAACAAUUUGAUUCAUUGUUUAUUCCAUUGCGGUCACCGCAGCAUACAAUUUGCAAAUUAAAAUAGUUAUUAUGCACGCACUAGUUUCUGUUAACUUGGGUUAACUUCCCAGUCUCUGUAUAUCUAGAAUCGACACUGAUUAUAUGUUGAAUUAUCAAUGUUGCUGAUACAGUAAUAAAAAUGUAAUAUUGUAAAAAAAAAAGUGACUAAUCAAAUGAAUAAUUGUGAAUAAAAUAAUCACGUUGGUUGUUCAGCGUUUUUAACGAUAUAUGUAAAGCUGUGUCCUACAACGAUUGUAAAAUAAAUUAUAAUGAAUUA